UAGAGUCACUAUAAAUGCUAUGCUAUGCAUUGGUUUUGUUAAAAGUGGUUAACACUGGUAUUGCAUAUGUGUUUACAAGCUCCCAACGUUCAACUUGCAACAAAAUGGAAUAUAAUAAAAAUGCACGACAGGGUUAAAUCGGACUGCCUCCUCGCGCUUCGCGUUCCUGUGGGCGGAGUUAAUGGAAAUGCUGUGGCCAAACUUCCACGGGGAAAACAACUUGAGAGCGGAUCUCGACGUUUACAAGCAAAACAUUUUCUGGUUUUCGGACUGUAUUUUAUGAGUAUUUUCCAGUUACCUGUAAUGCAGUGUGACUCACGCAGUUUUAACGGAAUUGCCCGCCGAGAAGGUGAUAGUUACUUGAUUUCGAACCAGUGUGGAUUAAACUGCUUAAAAUAUCAAUAUUCUUAUUCGGCGGAUCUAAUGCAAUGCAGCGACUUGUGAAAGUUUGUACACUGGGUGCUUAUCUCUUUGUUGGUCUUGGGAUGGACCGAGGGAAGUGUUUUCUGACCCACGACCUAAAGAACUGUGUAUACCAUUCAUGAUUAAAUGCAUUUUGUCGCAACUUAAGAGCUCGAGGUGUUUCCCAAACUUUUCUAAGCAUAAUGUGGUAUUGUACCUACCGCGCGGCUCUAGUAACGUCCAUCAUAUUUCACAUUCUCAGCCACACCGCAAGAGGUCUUAAUGUUUGUAUGAGCGGUAGUGCCACAUCGUGCGAAGAAUGCCUUCUUAUUCACCCGAGUUGUGCCUGGUGCGCCGAAGAGGACUUUGGGAGGGUAGGGACACUCUUCUCACGAUGUGACCUGAGCCAGAAUUUGAUAUACAGGGGCUGUGAGGCACAGUUUAUAGAACAUCCCAGGAGUGUCAGUUCCAUCCUUAAGAACACACCUUUGAGUUCCAAAAGUUCUGGGUCUACCCAGCAUGACGUCAUCCAGAUACAGCCGCAGAAGAUCUCACUUAGCCUCAGGCCUGGCGAUCCAACCACGUUUGAAGUACAGGUGCGACCAGUUGAAGACUACCCUGUAGAUCUUUACUAUCUGAUGGACCUGUCACUGUCAAUGAAAGACGACCUUGACACCAUUCGCAACUUGGGCACAAAACUGGCAGAAGAGAUGAAGAAGCUAACCAGCAACUUCCGUCUUGGCUUUGGCACGUUUGUGGAUAAAAACAUGUCACCCUUCUCAUACACAGCACCCAAGUAUCAGGAAAACCCCUGCAAUGGAUACAAGCCAUUCCCAAAGUGCAUUCCUUCAUUCGGGUUCCGUAACCUCCUCUCUCUAACUGACAAGGUUGACCGUUUUAAUGAGGAGGUGCAAAAACAGAUGGUGUCACGCAAUAGGGAUGCCCCCGAGGGCGGCUUUGAUGCUAUUCUGCAGGCUGCUGUUUGCAAGGAGAGAAUUGGCUGGAGGAAAGAAGCCUAUCAUCUGCUGGUUUUUGCCACAGAUGAUGUUCCCCACCUGGCUUUGGAUGGAAAACUGGCUGGGCUUGUUCAGCCCCAUGAUGGCCAGUGCCAUCUGAACGACAAGAACGAGUACAGUGCUUCCACCAAGAUGGACUACCCUUCACUGGCUCUCCUUGGAGAGAAGCUGGCUGAAAGCAACAUUUUCCUGAUCUUUGCAGUGACCAAAAGGCACUAUGUUCUUUAUAAGAAUUUUACUGCACUGAUCCCAGGAACUACAGUGGAGAUUCUGGAUCAAAGUUCCAAAAAUAUAAUCCAGCUGAUUGUCACUGCCUACAAUAAUAUCCGGUCCAAAGUGGAGCUGAGCGUGUGGGACCACCCUGAAGACCUCAGCCUGGCCUUCACUGCCAUAUGUCAAGACGGACAGCCCCUUCCGGGUCUCCGCAAAUGUGCAGACCUAAAGAUCGGAGACACGGUCUCCUUCAACGUGAGCAUUGAUGCUCAAAACUGUCCUCCUCAGGGAACCCAGAAGAGCUUCACCAUCAAGCCGGUGGGUUUCAAGGAUCGUCUGGAGGUGGUCGUGGACUACCGGUGCAGCUGUGGCUGCACACGCCUCACACAGGCCAACAGCAGCCGCUGCAGCUCUGUCGGCAUAUACGCCUGUGGCACAUGCCGCUGCGAGCCAGGUUACCGUGGUGCCCACUGUGAGUGUGGGGAGGGUGAGGUGGGCACAGCUAACCUGGCUGCCUGCCGUGAGGCAGACGGCAAGCAGGUAUGCAGCGGGCGGGGCGAGUGCACUUGCAACCAGUGCUGGUGCUUCGAGUCGGAGUUUGGCAAAAUCUACGGCACCUUCUGUGAGUGCGAUGAUUUCUCCUGUGCCCGCCACAAAGGGAUCCUGUGUUCAGGUCAUGGUGAUUGCCAUUGUGGGGAGUGUAAAUGUCAUGCUGGCUACAUUGGAGAUAACUGCGACUGCUCCACAGAGACAGCCGCCUGUGUGUCCGAGGAUGGGAGGAUGUGCAGCGGGCGGGGCAGCUGUGUGUGUGGCCGCUGCCAGUGCACUGAGCCAGGGGCAUUUGGGGACACAUGUGAAAAGUGCCCCACCUGCCCUGACGCCUGUGCAACAAAGAGGGAGUGCAUUGAGUGUCACCUCUUCAACACGGGGAAAUUCACAGACAAUGACACCUGUCAGCGCAUGUGUAAGGAUGAGAUCAUCAUCAAAGAAUCACUGAACUCAGAUGAUCCAAGCACAGUGCUGUGCCUGUAUAAGACAGAGAAUGACUGUGUGAUGAAGUUCACCUACUCGGAGCAUGCCAGUGGCCAGUCUGUCCUCACUGCACUCAAGGAGCCAGAGUGUGCUGCUGCCCCUGAUGCUGCCACAGUGCUGCUUGCAGUGGUUGGCAGCAUUCUGUUGGUGGGUAUCAUGCUGCUGGCCAUCUGGAAGCUGGUGAUAACCAUUCAUGACCGGCGUGAAUUCGCCAACUUCCAAAGCGCUCGCUCACGGGCACGAUACGAGAUGGCCUCCAAUCCCCUCUACAAGCAGCCGAUCUCCACUCAGCCAGUGGAGACCGUUUUCCAAAUGCAUGGCAAGUCAUAUAAUGGAGGCGUUCACUGAUCCUUGACCUGCUGGAUGGGAUUGGACACAUGGCAGAACUGGUCCAGUAGGCACUGUUUACAUUUCCGUGGAAAAGAGUGGAAAGACUUUGACAACAAAGUAUUUUAUUGCCAUUAGAGUCUGUUCUGGUUGAUGUGGGGUUGAGAAGUCGGGACCUGGACAUUUGUGGUCCUUUCUUGAGGUCUAAUGACUGAACCACCAUUGUAUAAAUUGGAGAGUUUUGUUUCUGGAGUAAUGGACACCCAUGCAUUGCUGAUUCUGUGUUUCUACAGUUCUAACCACAAUUUCUCCAAAUUAUGGAGGAUGCUGUAUGAAUUGCAUUGUACAAACAAAUGAGGCAUUGAUUAUGCACAUAUGCAUUUUUUUAACAUAAGUGCCCUUCACAGUCACCUAAACCUGCAUUCUACAUAGAAGGAGAUUGUUUUACUACAUGGACAGCUUUCAGUCCCUUGAAGAUUUUGAAUUUGUAGAACAACAUAGUGUAUUUUUACUGAUAGGUUUGGUACUAAUAGAGCAAUAACUUACAUUUUGUUUUGCACAGUGCAUAUUAAAUUAAGGUUUAUAAAGUGAAAAUUGAGAACACCACUCUUACUAGUUUUUGUGCAUAAACUGUAUUGUGUUUGCACAUUUUUUCCUCAAUUUGAAGGCCGCCAAGUGUUUUCCGUGGAGAUGCAGUAACACUGUACAUUGAUCAUUGGGGAGUGUUUUAUUUUGUUAGGGAGGGAUUGAAUCAGUGUGGUGGCUGGGUCUGAGUCACAUUUACACACCCAUCCCAAUGGAAAUGGAGGUGGAGAAGGUAUAAAGCAAAAAAUUAUUUCUGAGUUUAGUCCCACUCAUGAAGAUUGUGGAUAUAAUGAUUAAGCAGACCUAAAUAGACUAUACUCAGUAAUCAAAAUUUGACUAUUACAUGAUAAGCCAGCUGUCAUAAGGAUUCCAUAGGUGGCUAGUUUAGGCUUUCUUUCACAUUGCAGUGAAGGCCAAAUCCACUUAUUUUCCACAUCUUUAACUAAUUUUGUUUUAUGCAUGCUUCUGAAUACAUGCCCAUGUGCAGAAGGGAAAAAUGUGAUUAAUUACAUCCUGUAGCCAAGCCUAGAACACUUAUUAGGCCCCCCUGACUGGGCACUUUGAAAGGUGUGUGGAUCUCUGGCACAAAAGGGUGUUUUUGGGGUCUGAAAUAAAUAAUGGGAAAUAAUGCAG